AUUGCCACCUCAAGGUGCACCUUCCUUUGCUGGAAGAAAACGGCUUCAGAUAACUUAAGUGAGGAUCUGGUGUUCAGAGGCUCUUCCUUCUUUCCAAGAAACAUCAUGGCUGAACCAGACUACAUAGACGAAGACAAUCCGGAGUUAAUUAGACCUCAAAAACUAAUUAAUCCUGUCAAAUCAUCUCGGAAUCAUCAAGACCUCCACAGGGAGCUCCGCAUGAAUCAGAAAAGGGGUCUGGCUCCUCAGAAUAAACCAGAAUUGCAAAAGGUGAUGGAAAGACGGAAACGAGAUCAAGUUAUCAAACAGCAGAAGGAAGAGGAGGCACAAAAGAAGAAAUCUGAUUUGGAAAUAGAGUUACUUAAACGGCAGCAGAAAUUGGAACAGCUUGAACUUGAAAAACAGAAGAUGCAGGAAGAACAAGAGAAUGCACCUGAGUUUGUUAAAGUGAAAGGCAACUUGAGGAGGACCACUCAAGAAUCAACAGAAGCGCAAAACUCCUAGAAGUGGAGCUGCUGAUAAGACUUAGAGCUCUUUCCUCUGGGGCUGCCUGGGAGAGGUUUCUUCAGCCAAGAUCAUCUCACCCAGUUGCUAUGGAGGAAGAGAAUUCGCACCUGGGUAUAAAAUGUACUCAAUAUGAGGUCAGUUUGUGGAACGUGUAUGGACUGCAAGUUUAACUGAUACAAAUUCGCCAAUAACAAUGCAGCGAUUAGCGGAUAAACAAGCAACUUGUUGGUGGAAAGAGCUCUCCAAAGUGGUGACCAGGAAAACAGAUUGGACUUGUUGCUUUGCUUGUUUAUUCCUGAUCUCAGGCUAGCGUGUGUAAUUCCCCCCCCCCCUUCUUUGUGGAAUUCUGCUAUGCAGAAAAACAAAGCAUCCUGAAACCACUUCUCUUGCAUUUGGCAGGGGACCGCAGUUUGGAAAUGGGCACCCCACGGUCUCUAAUAUUUUUCUGAAUUCCUUGAGACUUGAAGUUGGAUUUGUCUUGCUUGCUACUAGGUGUGUGGCCUGGGAUGGGCCACACCAACAUCACUGUGAGCAAAUAUGGACAGCAAGAGGUAGAGGAACGUUCUUGGUCAUGGAGCUGCUACAAGAUCUCUUCAGCAGGGUGCAGAGCUGUGCAUUUGAAUGCACACAAAUACGUGACUCCUGCCUCUACCUUGUGAAGCAGCCAUACUGCUUUGCCUUCACUAUGUAAUGUGCACUUGCUAUGCCUGAAUUGCAGCAGACCCUUCUCUGAUUCUUUGACUUGCUUCUUUUCACUGGGAUGUAAAAAGCUGCACAAUUGGUUCUGUGUCCUCUUGAGGGGGACUCUUCGAAGUUUGAGCUUCUUGGCAGCAGCUUGCUUCUCUUGCACCCCCUCCCCCUGCAACAUGGGAUGCUGCUUUUGAAACCAAGCAUUUUCAAAAGCAGUUCAUGCAUAAAGACUUACUGUUCAAAAGGGGAAAGGGAGAAUCACGUUGGGUGUGUACCCAUUUAUAAAAUAGCCCUUUUAACCAUGCCCUUUUUUAAACCAUGUCAAUUUUUCUGUCUUAAAGUAAAAAACAAAACAGUAGGUAUAAAAAUAACAGUGGACUGUGUAAAAUGCUUAAGUGCCUGUCAAGGCUUGAGUAGAGAUUGGAAACGAUAAGAAAUUGUUUUAGAAGAACCAUCUGUCUGCCCCCCUGGUGUAAGAAGCUUGAUUCUGUGCUGGUUUCUCUGUUUUUCCAUUCAGUAAGAAUACCUCUGCAUUUCAGAUACAGAGCGGCAGCUUGUCAAGGGAAAAAAUAGCUUUCUUGUAACACAAGCCUGCUGAAAUGGGCUUUCUUAGGAACAAUCCUAAACUCUGGCCUGCCUUAGCUUUCCCUGUGUUUUGCCAGCUAACUCAUCCAGUUGGGUGUGGAAAUCUUGAGUGACCUUUCAGUUCUACAGUUCUUUGUAAGUAUUCCUGUGGCUCCAGGGAGUUUGAAUUAUGCAAUGUGGAUCUGGGCCUCCGAGGGCUUCUUACGGAUGUCUCCUCCCCCACCGCCAGGAGUCUGGUGGAAGGUGUGCAUCUUCAUUACUAACUGGGAACAGAAUUUGCUCUGCAAAAUGGUCACAUGCAGAUUGUGUCCUAAAAGCAGGAUCUGUGCAGUUUUAAGUUAGUUUUAGUACAAAAGUGAGAGAUGGGAAUAAAUGUUUCAGUUUUUUGGUUUCUGGGUACACAGAUAGGGUAUACACUUCAAAAUGGAUAUAACUAAGACUUUCCGUUCAGAUCAUCUGAGCAUUAUUAACCGCAGUUUAAUUACAUGAGCAACAUUAGAGGACGAUUAGGUCCAUUUUUUGUUGCUUCGGAACAUUGAGCAAUAAUGCAUCCUACUUUCUGUAGCUACAUCCGAUUGCAACGUCCAUUUGCACCAGCAGUGGAAGCAGUUGAUUUUUGUCAUUGCUGCAAGCAGUGGGAAUGGGAAAAAACAAUUUUGAGGCUAGUCUUGUGAUGCACCAUUGACCAUGAGCAGUCUUCCUUUUGGCAUGAAGUGUUCCAGGUUGUCCAAUUCCAGCCAACUCUUUGAGAAUGCAAUCACAUUGUAAAUCCAAGAAACAGUUAACUAAAUCUUGUGGGGAUUAAAUUUACUUAUAAUUUAGACCCUGACAAACAAUAUUAUCAUUGAUGUGGAUUUAGAAAGCAUGCACAUUCAGGAGAGUAAAGGGAGGUUGACAAAGCCAGGUUUUGACUUCACAGUGCAGAAGACACUCACGAUGGUUCCCUGCUUCUGCUGCUUUUGCAAAGCAUAAUCUGAAGUAUUGUAGCUUUUUUUCUUUUUCGCUAACUCUUCUGGAGCGUUGAGAGUUUUCUAAUGGCAAAUGGCUCAUUCCUCCACUGUGCAUGGCUAACUGGAUUUUGCCACUAACCUCCUUUACCUUCAGCUUUCUUUCUGCAGUGCGUAGAAAGAAUCAAGAUGGUAAGAAACACCAGAAUAACUUGCUUUAAUGCUUUAUAUCAACUGCCAUAUUUUUCUUAUGCUUCUCCUGCAUAAUUAUACUUUACAUAACUAGGCACACUUCUGGAUUCCUAGCCUACAGCAAAUAUCUGGCUCAGUGAAUAUCUUAGGGUGCUCAGAAUCUGGGAAUGGAGCCCUCAGCCUAUCUUUCAGUUUCAAAUUAAUACAUUUCGGCCCAAAGCAUUCUAAACAUAGUAAGAGGGGAGCCCAUAAAUUUCACACUCUUGAAUCAGACCUUUAGCUGACUACACUAUAUGACUGGGUGGGGUCAGGACAGACGUUGUCUAUGACACCCUGAAAUUGUUUGUAGAUACAAUACAUAGUAGUGUCUUGGUGUGGGGCAGGGGGGUGGGAGUCACUUUACUAACUACUUGUAGGACAUUAUCAUGCCUCUGGCCCAUCUAAAAGUCUGCUAGACUUCCUUAUGUAGGAAUCAAGAAUUUUGUGUUGUGUUGAUGUGUGACAGACAAGUUCCCAAUAUUUUUGACACAUUCUGUAGGACUGUUAAAACUCCUUAUUUUCAGUGGCAGAGAACAAGUCUUACAGCUAAAAUGAUAAGUUCACAAUAUUACCCUUCCUAAUCUGCUGAGAAUUUUUGUUUGAGCUAUCCUCAUAGUUGACUCCGUUUUACCAUUUGUCUCUUCAUUGAUCAGUGCUUUUAAAACUACUUGGCCUUGACUAUUUAAGUUAAAAUUUAGUAUUUCCUCCCAGUUCUUAUCAGUCUUCUGUCCAUCGAUUUGAGUGUGUAUAAAUAUUAAAAAGGGAGCCUUAAUGGGGUUUGUUUUUGUAAUUUAAUAUUUUUUUGUAUUUGCU